GCCGUCGAUCCAUUCGAUCGGCGAUGGAGAAUUCCGACGUGUUCGGCUCAUCGACCGUGCCACUUACGUGGCACGAUUUCCUCGAGCGCAUGCGCCAUCCCUCCGCCGCCGAAUUUGUGAAAGCCAUCAAAAGGUGUUGUCACUCACACACUGAUUGAUUGUUGAAUUUGAGGAACUUCGAAUUUAGGGGAAUGGCGUUUCUUUCGUGUUAAUUAUUGUUAGCUGGAUCUUUAGCUUGUGCAUAUUCGGUGAUUGAACACAAUUAUUGAUGAGUGUGUUCUGUUUCAGUAAUUUUGUUUUUAAUUUAGUGCAAGUUAGUUGAGUUCUUAUAUUGCAAGUUGGAUUUUCUAUCUGUUUCAGUUUUAAUUUUCAGUCAGAAUGAGUUAUUGAUAGUUUGCACCUUAAUGGAAACUGUAACUGAUUUUUAAUCUCAGCUCGAAUUUAGGGGAAUGGCGUUUUGUUGAGCAAAUCUUCCAUAAGACGUUUGUAAAUGACCAUAUAGACUUGUUCAAAUCUUACACUAGAAGAAAUCUCACUUGGUGUCUCUACAUAUACUCCACAUAGACAGCAAUCCCGAUCAUCAGCAUUUCAAGUCAAAAUCUCUCUCUAAAAAUGAAACGAGAUUUCUUCAAUAGUCUCCCAUCAGAAAUCAGCACAAACAUCCUUUCGAGACUCCCUCUUCGAACCAUCGCCAUUAGCAAGUGUGUCUGCAAACCAUGGCUCCAUCUCCUCGCAACAGAUGACUUCGAAUCCCAUCUUGCUAAAUCCGACCCCUGCCUAGCUCUCUCGACUGCAGGCGAAGACUCAACCUCAUUCGCAGUCUUCGAACUCAACGACGAUCCAAAUCUCAAUCACCACGAUCUUCGUUACAAUCGACUCACCAAGUUUGAUUUCCCUCACAGCUCAAAUAUAAUAUGCUCCGCCAACGGCUUUCUUUUUCUACACGGUUCGGGUGAAGCUCAUUAUGUAUGCAAUCCGAUCACCCGUGAAUACACCGAGAUCCAUUGCCCUCAAGAAAUAAUCCAACCAUAUCGAAAGACAGUAAACUAUCCUGAGAUUCUCGGGGAGUCUCGCUAUGCUUAUCCAAACUUUUUGGGUUAUGGAUUUGGUGUGAGCAAAGUAAGUAACCAAUAUAAAGUGGUUCGGAUUUACGUCGACUCCGUCAUAGUCCAUGGAAACAAUGGAAGGUUUUCAGGUAGGAGGGUGAUACCUAAAGCCGAAUGCCACGUCCACACUCUAGGAACAGGGCAGUGGAGGCGCGUGGAGCCUGGUGCCCUCCUGCUCGAUUACACUGGUCGCUCCUCAUGCGUGUUCCUUAACGGUAAUCUUCACUGGGUAGCAUCGGACUGCAAUGAAAAAUUGUGGAUUUCCUGCUUUGAUCUUGAAACGGAGAGCUUCAGCUACUUGUCGACUCCUCCCAUUAGCUUUGAGCUCGGGUCGGGUUUGUCUACUUUGGGGGAGUGCCUGUGUUUGUGUGAUCAGACAUUGGAAGAGGAGACGGUGAUUUGGGUGAUGAAGGAGUAUGGCGUCGAGGAAUCUUGGACGAAAGAGUAUACGAUGAGGUUGAACGACGGAGAUGAUAUUUAUGUUGAAGGGUGGGAGCUUGUUUACCCAAUCAAAGUUUUUGAAGAUGGUGAUAUUUUGAUAUUGGACGAAGACACCCAACCCCAACUCUUUUACUACUCCACCAAGAAUGAGACGGCUGGAGAAGUCGGAAUCUUUGGUGCAGCUUCUGGCUCCGUUCUUUUCACUCCCAGUUUUCUCUCACUCAAAAGUUUGGGUGUUGAUACGAGUACAACUCGAGCGCAUGUUGAAGAGGUCAGGCAGGAGUUGGAAGAGUCUAUGAGCAACCAGGAGACGGAACCUGUGCUGGAUUACGAGACGCGCGACAUGGCGAGUCCGACGCCUUCGUGGUCGGUCAGGAGACGAAGGUCCUAGCACUGAACACGGCCGCCGACCAAGUAUGGAGACUUCAUGCCGCGAUAGCAGCGGGAAGGAGACACUAGUUAUUUUUUUCUUUAGAAUAAAUGAUUAUUUGAACGUUGGGUCAAUUGGCUUUAUGCUCCUUUUCGGGUUUUCUUUGUCGAUUCUUUCCCAAAUCGAAUUGUCAUAUCAACCCUAGGGUCCUUAGGUCAUAAAUAGGCUUAUGUUGUCGUUUUCCCCAUUGUUGAAUAACAUAAUUCCCAGGACUUCUAUCAUUCCCUUUCCGGCAUCACGUUAAUGAGAAUAUCCUUAACAGUUGUCUA